AUGCAAAUAAUGGAGGUCGUCUACCUCGUCUUAGCUCUCUUGUCAUUGUGCAUUGUUCUUCUCUCCAGGCGCUUCCGCAGGCGCUCCACAGCGAACGAGCCUCCCGGGCCGUGGCAGCUGCCGGUGAUCGGCAGCCUGCACCACCUCGCCGGUCAGCUCCCCCACCACGCCAUGCGUGACCUAGCGCAGCGCCACGGGCCGGUGAUGCUCCUCCGGCUCGGGGACGUGCCGACGCUGGUGGUGUCGUCCCCAGAGGGUGCCCUUGAGGUCAUGAAGACACACGACCUGGCGUUCGCGACGCGGCCCCUGCGUGCCACAGCAAGCGUGCUCACCAACGGCGGCCGGGACAUCGUUUUCGCGCCGUACGGCGACUACUGGCGCCAGCUUCGGAAGAUAGCCGUCAUGGAGCUCCUAUCGGCACGGCGUGUCCUGUCCUUCCGCGCCAUCCGCGAAGAGGAGGUCGCCGUCAUGCUCCGAGACGUCGCCGAGGCGGCGGCGGCCACGCGACCCGUGGAGAUGCGCCCUCUCCUCUCGGCCCUCGUCUCUGACAUAACGGUCCGCGCCGUCAUGGGUGACCGCCGGUUCAAGGAGCGCGCCGUGUUCCUCAGCACACUCGACCGCUCCAUGAAGCUCGUAGCGGGCUUCAACCCACCGGACCUGUGGCCGUCAUCCCGGCUUGCUAGCUGGCUCAGCGGGGCCGUGCGCCGCGCCAAGGAGUGCCACGACACCGGGCAUUACAUCCUCGACACCAUCAUCCGGGAGCGACUCGAGAGGCGGAGGAUGGAAGGUGCCGGAAACCAAGACCAGAAGGACGAGCACUUGCUCGACGUGCUGCUAAGCAUGCAGGAGGAGGGCAGACUCGACAUGGACGCCGUCAAAUACGUCAUCUUUGACCUGCUUAGUGGCGGCAGCGAGACAGCUACACUAGAGUGGACGAUCGCUGAGCUGAUAAGGAACCCAAAGGUGAUGCAGAAGGUGACAGCCGAGGUUCGGCAAGCCUUCGAAGCUCGUGGCAGUGUAGCAGAGGACACCCUCGGUGAGCUCCCGUACAUGCAUCUGGUCAUCAGGGAGGCGUUCAGGCUCCACAUGCCCACGCCGUUACUCCUCCCGCGGGAGUGCCGUGAGCCAUGCCAGAUUCUUGGGUACGACGUGCCCCGGGGCACGCAGGUGCUAAUCAAUGUUUGGGCGAUGGGCCGCGAUGAGCGAUACUGGCCCGGCGCGCCUAGCGAGUUCCGGCCGGAGCGGUUUGAGGGCGAGGCGGCCACCGUGGACUUUAGGGGAACCAACUUCUCCUUCCUGCCGUUCGGUUCUGGCAGGAGAACUUGCCCCGGGAUGGCGUUCGGCCUCGCCAACAUCGAGCUCGCUCUCGCAAGCCUGCUGUUCCACUUUGAUUGGGAGGGUCCACCACGGGAGGAGUUGGACAUGGAGGAAGCGUUUGGCAUCACGGCACGGCGGAAGGCCGACCUCCUUCUUCGCCCUGUCCUCCGAGUCCCCCUUCGUGGAGUGGACAGUGGAGAUGUCCGUUAG